UCCUAUAACCAAGCUCCUUCAUCCAUACACAAAACAAAGAGUCCUAUUUUAUCAGAUAAUCAUUUCUGGCUAAAAAAGUGAAAAGGCUGCUGUUAAUUAGAAGCCAUGGUAGACACUUGAUUGUGUCUCUAGCAGCGCUGACCAGGCAUGUACUGUGGAUCCAGGGCGGGCCGACAGUUUGUCUAUAUAAAGCAUCAGAUGGAGCUGAGUUCCUUGGUGAGAUCUUCAGCUCAACAGAUUGACCAUGGACAGAUAUGUGGUGUUGGAGGGUCUCUCUACUUUCCUAGGACUCCUAGUCUCUAGUGCUGGGGAACAGCUUUCGCCAAAUUUAUGUGUGACCCAGUUUACAUCCACUGCAUUUGGUUACCACAACAUUGGAGCAGUGGUCUCAGGGGUCGCAGGAAAAGGUUUCCGGGAGGUUUCCGAAGAGGAUUCCAAAGAGGAUUCCGAAGAGGAUUCCGAAGAGGAUUCCGAAGACAUUUCUAAGGUUGCCCACCGACAAGAUUUCUGCGUUGAUGAAGAGGAAUUCUUCGAUCCCGGAUAUGAUUUCGACUUCAGAGACAUGACCGAUUCAGAUUCGGAGUGUGAACGCGGUGGUGAGUCUUACAAGCGGCCCAUCGGCUGGAACCGCAUUGCUCUGAAGGUGUGGGGGAAGUACAAGGAUGGGAACGAGUGGCUGGGUGACGACGGAUGGAGGAGCGAAUCAUCCCAGGGAGAGUGGCCCGUUGCUUACCAUGGAACCAGCUUUGACGGAGCGAAGGGCAUCAUGCAUGUGGGGUUCAAAGCAGGGCCUGGUGAUGUAUACGGAAGAGGGGUGUACUGCACGCCUGACAUUGAUGUGGCAGAGAGAGAUGGAUAUGCCAAGACAUUCACAUCAAGGAAGUCUGGAAAGACCUACAAGGUUGCAUUGCAGAGCCGAAUCAAUCCCAAAUACCGAAAGGUCUGUAAUGAAGAGAAUGGGUACUGGCUGAUCCCUGUGCCCAGUGGAAUGUCUGCAAAGGAUGAAAGGAAAAUUGUAGACAAGGCCAUUCGUCCCUAUGGUAUCUUGUUUAAAAAGAUUCGCAAGGAGGAGUGAAGAAAAAAUUCCCUCAUCACAAUGCUGAAGUCAGAUGAUUUAAAAAAAAUUUGAAUGCUAUAGUAUUCUAUUGCUAUUAGUAUUCUAUUUUAUUGAUCAAAAUGCUGCCCUGAAGUCCGAUUUUUACAUUUGUGGACACUCUUUGUUUUCCUCUUGUGUUGGUGAUAGCUGUUGUUUGAAAUCCUUCUACAGUAAACUGCUCUUGUUUUCAAUCGAAUCUAAUCUAAUCGUAAUGUGACUUUUUGGAUCGAUGGAGAAGAAUGCAGUUGACUUCUGCUGGUAUUCUGCUGGUACAUUCUCCUUGUAUUUGUUUAAAUUUAGAUAAUCAUGUAUCUAGGAAUCGAUAACAGGACUGUUUUUCUCCCUUUCUACAUAGGCCUAUUUUUCAUCUAGAAGUCAUGUUUCUGGGAUCAGGCAGUGUGUUGGGACAGUUUCUGAUACUAUGUCCAAUCUGGUGACGGAAUAGAAUGAGCAGUGUGUUUUCUGGGUGUUGGGAGCCGGGGUAGAGUAUGCCUAGAGUGUUUGCUAUAAAUGAUGUUGGUGUGUUGCAGAUCAUUAAGGAGUAGCCUACUCUUUAAUAAUAUGUGUUGGAAACUAGACAUUAAUGUACAGACGUUCAGAAACAAAACUAAUCCAACCAUGAUAACAAUCACCGUUAUGUAGUACGUGUAGAUGAUGAGAUCAGUUGUCAUGCAAAUUAUUCUGCCAUCAUAAAUAAAGUUCAUUUCAUAUAAUAACUCCAGCUGUAGCACCAGUCUGCGUUUAUCACUAUGCCAUAUCAAAA